AUAUAUAUUGAUUAUUAUAACAUGGGUGACAAUUAUUUGAAUCACUGUAACACAAUUAUAUAAACUCCAUCCAUCACCGUAUUUGACGCUUUUUGUUUUUGUUGCUUCUUAAUUCAUUGAGCCAUUUCUCUUUGUUUUUUUUCUAUUUUAUUUGUCACAACACCAAUCCUCUGUUUUCAUCUAAUCAAUAAUGUUCUGUUCUGACUUGUUUUGUUUCUAGUUCAAUUCCUAUAGGUUAUGAUUACUCAUCAGAGGCUUGUUUUUGUCUUGUGAAAUUAUAGAUUCUCCCAUUUUCACUACCAUAAACAUUUGAAGACAUUGUCACUUGAAGAAGGUAUAGUGUUAACUAUUUCUUUGAAGACUUUAUCUUAUUGGCUACAAAGCAAAAGCUACAAGUGAGAUUCAUUUGAAUUUUCCAUUUGGAAGUUGAAGAUAGAAAAAGGAGGAAGAGGGUAUGAUGGAAAGUGGAGGGAGAGAAGGGUUUGAUGGCGUGAUGAUGACGAUGACAAGAGACCCGAAGCCGAGGUUAAGGUGGACGGCCGAUCUUCAUGACCGGUUUGUCGAUGCAGUCACAAAGCUUGGCGGCCCUGAUAAGGCAACUCCUAAGUCUGUUCUAAGGUUAAUGGGAUUAAAAGGUUUGACAUUAUAUCAUUUGAAGAGCCAUUUACAGAAGUAUAGACUUGGACAACAUGCUCAAAAACAAAAUGAAGAACAGUACAAAGAUAAUAGAUGUUCGUAUGUAAAUUUCAGUAACCAUUCUACUGGGACUAAUACCAGUUAUGGAGGUGAUAAUGAAGGAGGAGAAAUCCCAAUAGGAGAAGCACUAAGGCAACAAAUUGAAGUUCAAAAGAGAUUGGAAGAACAACUUGAGGUACAAAAGAAAUUGCAAAUGAGAAUAGAGGCUCAAGGGAAGUAUUUACAAACAGUGUUAGAGAAAGCACAAAUGACUAGUCUUUCUCAAGAUGAACAUGGCAAUCUUGAAGCAUCAAAAGCUCAAUUAGCUGAAUUCAAUUCAGCUUUAUCAAAUUUCAUGGAAAAUAUGAACAAAGAUACUAAAGAAAACAUAGUAGACAUAAAUGGAUUUUAUAAUAAAAAUUAUAGCUCAUCUUUCAAUUAUCAAGAAGUACUAGGGACAGAAGAAAAUAAGGAUCUAAAGCCUCAAAUUGAAGGAGGGUCAGUACAAUUAGACUUAAACAUCAAAGGUGGCAAUGAACUUUUAUCUACUAAUGAGGCUGAAAUGGAUUCAAAGAUGGUUUCAUAUAGGGUAUACCACUUUUGAAUUAUCAUUAUAAUUUAUGUUUAACCAUUAAAUUGUACAUUAGGAUAACAUGUUAAUUAGUAUCUCUCAUAUAUUAUAUUGUCUAAGUUUAUGUUGAUUUUCUAUCUUUGCUUACAACAUAGAAGUCAUAAUUGAUUUUUCAAUUUUA